UCUCGGUGCGGGGAGGAUGGGAAAGGAGGGUUCCGGGGGCACCCCCCCGCCAACCCCUCUUUCCUCGCCCUCCCGGUUGGGGGGGGGGAGAGCACGGUGGGGCCCGGCCGCCCCCAUUCCCGCCCCGCUGACGUCACCGUGCCCACGGGGGGGCGCGCCCAGCGAGGCGCGGAGGUUCCGCACCCGCAGCCACUGCCGUAUGCGUUGCACCGAGGGCCGGGCUGCGGCUGUCGCGCUGCUCCGCGGCGGCGGGCACGGGGAUGCACCUCCCUCCCGGCUGCCGGAACGGCUGGAGGAGGGUCCGGCGGCGGCACGGAUAGAGCGCGGCAGCGGAGCUGGCGCAGAACAGCCCCCUAGGCGCUGAGACGAUGGCGAGCAGCCCGCUGCCCGGCCCCACCGACAUCUUGCUGCCGUCGCCGUCCAGCGCAUACCCACCGGAGUCCAUGAACCAGCCGAGAGCCGGCCACGCCACUAUGAAGCCCAACCAGGUGGGGCAGGUGAUCCUCUACGGCAUCCCCAUCGUCUCCCUGGUCAUCGACGGGCAAGAGCGGUUGUGCCUGGCGCAGAUCUCCAACACCCUCCUCAAAAACUUUAGCUACAACGAAAUCCACAAUCGUCGGGUGGCCCUGGGCAUCACCUGCGUGCAAUGCACGCCGGUGCAGCUGGAGAUCCUUCGCCGGGCGGGGGCCAUGCCCAUCUCCUCCCGCCGCUGCGGCAUGAUCACCAAGAGGGAAGCAGAGCGGCUCUGCAAGUCGUUCCUGGGGGAGAACCGGCCGCCAAAAUUGCCGGAUAACUUCGCCUUCGACGUGUCUCACGAGUGCGCCUGGGGCUGCCGCGGUAGCUUCAUCCCGGCCCGCUACAACAGCUCCCGGGCCAAGUGCAUCAAGUGCAGCUACUGCAGCAUGUACUUCUCCCCCAACAAGUUCAUCUUUCACUCCCACCGCACGCCAGACGCCAAGUACACCCAGCCCGACGCCGCCAACUUCAACUCCUGGCGCCGCCACCUGAAGCUCACCGACAAAAGCCCCCAGGACGAGCUGGUCUUCGCCUGGGAGGAUGUCAAGGCCAUGUUCAACGGCGGCAGCCGCAAGCGGGCCCUGCCGCCCGCACCGCCGGCCCCCGCCGCCGCUGCUCCCGCCGCCUGCCACCCGCUGGGCUCAGUGAAGGCGGCGGCCGCCGUGGUGGGCGGCGGGUUGCUGAGCCCGCACCUCCUGGCCGCCCCGCCGGAGCUGCACCAAAAGCGUCCGCGCUUCGAGGAGGAUGAGGAGCUGCAAGAAGCCGUGGCGGCGGCGGCGCACGGCGGGAAGAGCCCACGGAGCUACCCGGUCAUCCCGGUGCCGAGCAAGGGCUCCUUCGGCGGCGUGCUCCAGAAGUUCCCGGGCUGCGGAGGGCUCUUCCCGCACCCCUACGGCUUCCCCGCCGCCGCCUUCGGCCUCUGCCAUAAGAAGGAAGAAGGCGGCGGCAGCGGGGCCGAUGCCCUCGGCGGGGCGGCAGCGCACAAAGCCGGUGGGGCGGCUGCGGGCGGCGGCCUGUCGGGGCUCUUUUGGCCGGGUAGAAAGGACGCCGCCUUCUACCCGCCCUUCUGCAUGUUCUGGCCGCCCCGUACCCCGGGCGGGCUGCCGGUGCCUACGUACCUGCAGCCGCCGCCGCAGCCCCCCGGUGCGCUGGGCUGCUCCCUGGGAGACGGGGCCGGCCUGCUGCGACAGGCCUUCCUGGACCUGUCGGAGCCCGGCGGCGAGGCGGGGGGCGCGGGGAUGGGCACCGGGGCGCCGGGGAUGGGCACCCCGCCCGCCGCCGCACCCCCGCCCGCCGCCGCCGCCGCCGCCAGGGACCCGCUGUUCGAGUCGCCCCCUGGCGGCGGCGCGGAGCCCGCCUCUCCGUCCGCCUCCGAGGGGACCGGCGGCGGCGGGCGGGUCCCCACGCACCAUCCGCACCUGCUUGAAGCGGCGGGCGGGCGCAAGGGGGGCGGUGGGUACCACCACUCCAGCGCCUUCCGUCCGGUGGGCGGUAAGGAAGACUCGGAGAGCUUGGCCAAGCUGCACGGCGGCGGCCCGGCCCGCUCCGCCUCCCCGCCGCUACAGCUGCUGCUGCCGCCGCCGCCGCCGCCACCCGAGGAGGCGGGAUGCGAUCGCCACCCGCUACCCCCGCCGCCGCACACCCCGCACCGCCUCCUGUCGCCCGGCGGCACCAGCUGUAGCUUCGCCAGCGAAGACAGCAGCGAGGAGGAGGAGGAUGAGGAGGAGGAAGAUGAGCCCGAGGUGGACGUCGAGGGGCACAAGCCCCCCGAAGAGGAGGAGGAAGACGAGGAGGAGGAGAACGGCGAGGAAGACCCUCGCGGCGGAGACACCUUGGCUGCCAGCAGCCGCUUCGCGCCCGGCCGGGGCCUGCCGGAGAAGAGCGGCCGGGAGCGCCCCGCCGCCGGCCCUUUCCCCCGCCCGCCCGCUGACGAGAAGCCGGGGGAAGGCCAAGCCCCGCCGCAGCCGCCUCCCCGGGUGGGCGGCAGCAGUGGCAGCAGUCCGGCGCACCACCCGUCACUGGAGGAGCCGGCCUCCUACAAAGAUAAUCAGAAGAGCAAGGAGAGUAAUCAGGUCGUCAUGCCCACGAAAGAGGACACCUUUUCAGAUAAGAACAAGGAACAUAAUUUUUUCAUCACAGACUCAGAGCCUUCAGGAGGAGACUUUUGGAGAGAUAUAGCAGGUGAACAUACCCAAGAAACCAAUUCACCUCAUUCGCUGAAGAAGGAUGUGGAAAACAUGGGGAAAGAGGAACUCCAGAAGGUUUUGUUUGAACAGAUCGACUUACGGAGGAGACUAGAACAGGAGUUCCAGGUGUUGAAAGGAAAUGCGUCUUUCCCGGUCUUCAAUAAUUUUCAAGAUCAGAUGAAGCGGGAGUUGGCGUACAGAGAAGAAAUGGUACAGCAAUUACAAAUUAUUCCCUAUGCAGCAAGCUUGAUCAGGAAAGAAAAGCUCGGCGCACACCUCAGCAAAAGCUAAAGCAGCACAGGAUCUUUUGCAGCCGUUAACCUUCUAAGUUAUUACUUGCCAGUCAGAAACCUGACUUGUUUAAAGACUGAAACAAAAUGGAAGAUUGGGGAUACAGGUUCCUUUGAACCCGAGGACAAGUGACCUCAAAGCAUCAUGGACAACCAUGUAAAAUAGAAUGUAGCAGCCAUUUAUUAGUAAAAGCAAAACAAAACAAAAAAAUGAAAAAAAAAAUGCCUGUCCUGGAUCUUUUUUGGUGGUACCAAAGUUUAAGUCUUUGUGUUUUUAGAAGGACUACUGAA